AUCCCAGCAACCACAAAACACUAGCUGACAGUUCCCUUCUCCGGGGAGGUCGGCUCGUUUGUUUGCUCGUGUGGAAGAUGGACGCUUCACCCAAGACUCAAACCAGAGCGUUGGUUAGACCCGCAAUCUUCAAUUUAAUCUGUCCGCAACGGAAGGAGCCCAAAGAACUGUGUUACUUCAACACCAAGUCGAAGGUCCCUGAAGUGCCCUUGUUUGACCGAAUGUACCGCAGCAUUGGGGAGUUCGACAUGAGGGAGCGAUUCCACACCCAGAAGAAGUUGAUAAGGAAAGGACUCGAGAUAAACGAGGAGGAGAGGUCCAGACCUGUGGCUCUGCUGUCGUCCUCGGAAUAUGGCCGUCGUUUCUAUUCAACCAUCAACCGAACAGCGAAGCGGCAUCCACGCGUGGCUUUGAUAGAAUCCGAUUUUUACAGGAAAAGCGGAAUCAUCUGGAGCAUGGCAGAAGGAUAUGGGUCAGUGGUUCCACUCUGAAAGCUCUGUCCCACCCUGACAGACAAGGUUCCUUCUGUCUUCACAAAAUAAAUGUGUUUUUCACCAGUU